AUGGCGGAGGCGGUCGUGAGGUGCCUCCGGGACGGACGCCUUGACGGCGAGCACGCGCCGGCGCUGGCUGUGGAGGGAUCACUCCAGUGCUGCCCGCUCGCGGCGGGCGCGAUGCUCCACAUUGCGGCCGCACUCGCUUCCCAGGUCGCCGCAGGGAAGGCGCAGGCCAGGGGGCUGGUGGUUGUGGCAUUUGAUCGGAGCCCACAGGUGUACCUGGAAUUCAUGCGGCGCCGCGGCCUCGACGCAAAUGCUUUGGACCGAUGUGUCCGAAUAUUGGAUUGCUAUUCUGACCCCCUUGGAUGGAAGCAGAAGAGUCAAAAUCAGCAGCAUCAAGGGAACAGUGCAAAGCACUUCUCAACAAACAAAGAGAACAUUACUGUUUAUAGAAGUGUGAAGGAUGUUACAAAAUUGAUGUCCUCCACUACUGAACUUGGAGGAGGUUUCGAAGGAGAAGGCAAAAAGUAUUUUUCUGUGGCUGUUGACUCAAUUAGCUCCAUGUUAAGGCAUGCUUCAGUGCCAUCAAUUUCAGGCCUUCUUAGUAAUCUUCGAAGCCAUGAACAAGUGUCAUCAAUCUUUUGGAUGAUACAUUCAGACCUCCAUGAGCCCAAGGUGCCCCGAGCAUUUGAAUGUCUUUCUACUAUGGUUGCUUGUGUGGAGCCAGCACUUGUGGAUCCUAUUUGUGGAGAGAGUCCUGGAAACAUGUCUAUCCUUGAGCUAAAUUAUUCAAAAGCAAAAUUUAUUGUGCGCCUUAAAAGACGAAAUGGACGGGUGAAGCACCUUUACGAGGACCUGUAUAUUGAGGGGAAUGAUAUCAAAUUUGAUUCGGCUCCUUCUGUAAGUAUAGAAGUGAACCAAAGUCUAGUGCCUAAGGUUCAGUUCAAUCUUGAGCUGUCAGAGAAGGAGCGCAGUGACAGGGCAAAUGUUGUUCUUCCUUUUGAACAUCAAGGAAAUGGCGAACCAAUUCGUAUAUAUGAUGGUCGCCGGUCCCUACCUGAGGCUCAACGUGACCUGAGCUUAACCGCACCGGCCCUUGUGGAUGAAAUAAAAGCUCCCAAAUCUGGAACUGCAAAGGGUGAAAUACAUUACUUCCGUGAUUCAGAUGACGAGCAACCUGACUCAGAUGAAGACCCAGAUGAUGAUUUGGACAUAUAA